AAUGUUAAUUUUAAAAUAUACUUAUAUCUAAAAAUAAAUGUGUGCACUGUUUUAAAACGGGGAGAAUAAUAAUAUUAAAUAAUACUAAUGAAAUACGAUCGCAUACGAUAAAGUGCGGGAUUAAGAAUUCAUCGGCGCCGCCCUCGCUAUAUAUAUAUAUAUAUAUAUAUAUACGCUCGCUUCUGAAACCCACGACCCCAACAGUCUUCCAUUUUCGUAAGUAUAUCUCUCCACCAAACACGCCCUUAACAAACUCACAAUGGCGAAAGGAGGCAAGCUCAACAAAAUCAAGUCCGUGCUCAAGAAAAUGCAGUCCUUCAAGCUGAGCCGCGCCUCCUCCAUCGCCGCCGCCGCCGACAACUACGGCUCCUUCGACUCUUCCGCCGACGUCCCGGACCUCCACGCGGUGUACGUCGGCAAGUCCCGCCGCCGGUACCUCCUCCCCUCCGAGGUCAUCGACAACCCGGUCUUCCGCGAGCUGGUGGAGCGCGACGAAGGCGACUCCAUCACCAUCGCCUGCGAGGUAGUUCUGUUCGACCACCUUCUCUGGAUGAUGGAAAAUGCCGAUCCUCACCCGGAAUCGUUGAACGAACUCGUCGACUUUUACUCCUGCUGAAGAGUGCCACGCGGCGGAAGCUGAUUGUGUGCGCUCAUCAUCACCUCGUGUAUAGAUGGAUAAAUUCGAUCCUAAUUUAAUUUCUUUUCCGACGAUAAUAAUGAGAUGAUGAUUGGCGAUCUAGUUUUGAGGAAGAGAGAAAGCGAUUGGUUGCUAAGUUUUGGGUGAGAAUUUUCUCUUACUGUUUUGUAGAAAUUGAUGUCGCUAAUUCUUCAUGAUUUCAUGACUCA